UUCCCUCUCUUUCUCUCUAGCCGAAUGUGGCUCCUCCGUGACUGGCAUGCAAGGGGUGCUUCUCUCCCCCAAUUACCCCGGUUACUACGACAACAACCACGAGUGCAUCUACUCCAUCCAGACGCAGCCGGGCAAAGGCAUCCAACUGCGAGCGCGAGACUUCCGUCUGGAGGAAGACGACAAACUCAAAGUGUUUGAUGGCAGCAGUAAUUCGGCUCGUCUGCUCGGAGUGUUCACAGGCAACGAAAUGCUGGACACAACCCUGAACUCCACCUCGAGCUCCAUGUGGCUGGAGUUUAUCACCAACGCAGACAAUACCAGUAAAGGCUUUGAGCUCCACUUCAACAGUGAGUCACAAUUUCACCGGUAACGCAAAUGUAAUACAGUAAGUGAGGUUUUUCCUUCAAGUUUAACUCAUUCAA